UUCGUAUGCAGAUUUUUCCUCAAGUUCUUCCUCAAGUGCAACCAGAACUGCUUGAAAAAUGCAGGGAAUCCAAGAGAUAUGCGCCGAUUUCAGGUGGUUAUAUCUACAACUCCAAACGUGGACGGCCAUGUUCUGGCCAUGUCUGAUAACAUGUUUGUACACAACAACUCAAAACACGGCCGGAGAGCGAGAAGACUUGAUCCGUCUGAAGGAGGUACCUCCCAUUACCCUCUCUGGAACUGUGCGUACCCCACAGCUACGCCGUGCAUCAAGGCCAUCAGCCCGAGCGAAGGAUGGACAACAGGGGGCGCCACUGUUAUCAUCGUCGGCGACAACUUCUUUGACGGGCUCCAGGUCGUCUUCGGCAGCAUGAUCGUCUGGAGUGAGCUCAUCACACCGCAUGCAAUCAGGGUCCAAACCCCGCCCAGACACAUCCCUGGGGUGGUAGAGGUCACGUUGUCGUAUAAGUCCAAGCAGUUCUGCAAGGGAGCUCCGGGCAGGUUCGUCUACGUCUCGCUGACGGAACCGACGAUAGAUUACGGGUUCCAAAGGCUAAGCAAACUUGUUCCGCGGCAUCCCGGCGACCCAGACAGACUACCAAAGGAAAUCAUACUGAAACGAGCCGCAGACCUGGCUGAGGCCCUCUACAGCAUGCCAAGGAAUCAACUCCCCAUUGGCCCGCCUCGAUCGCCGGCCCUCAACAACAGCUCCGGUAGUCUAGUACCCAUGAACUCUUUCGGUAGCCAGCUAGAACACGACGGCGACCAACAUUCAGGUUUCUCAAGAGUGCAGCCGAGCAGCACGCUUUCACCGAGAGGUUACUCCUCCGGUCUCUCCACGCCACACAGUAGCGGCGGAAGCCCGAGUUCCUACUCCGGAUCGUCAGCACUCAACGGGUACCCCGGCACCGCCAACAUGGGCGUCCCAUCCUCCUCGAGUAUCUUCAACGGCGCUGCAACUCCAGUGUCCAUUAUCAACGCUUCCCCGCCCCUCCCGACCCCCCACCACCCCACCAGUACCGCGGCAGGGGGCAACCAGGGCUCGGCCUCUGGCCCCCUCUCCUUCUCUCCCGCCAACAUGAUCACUGCCGUUAAGCAGAGGAGUGCCUUUGCCCCCGUAGUCCGUUCCCCCUCAAGCCCCUCCGCCAGUGGCGUGGUAGGGGGUGGGGGCGGUGGAGGAGGGGCGGGGCCCACUAUCAACCAAGAACACUACUGUGCUUGGUUUUAUCACGAUGAAGAUGUCAAAGAAAAAAGAAAUGCUGCAAUGAUGUCGCCACCAUCCUUCUGCAGCGUAGGAGGACCCUUCGCUCUGCCGACCUGCAGCGCGUCAGCAUACAGCAGUCACAUCGAUAGUCCAGGCAAAUGAGAGCCAAACUGGAGACGAACCUAAGCAAGGCUGAAUGACAGAAACAUUGAAACUUAUCAGGGGAGAAAACGAGGACCUUUGUUGACAUUUUCCGCCGUGUUUGCGAACGACAAAGUUGGGACUCUUUAGAGAUUGACGGACCAUCCAGGACAUGAUUUUAAUAGCUUGGUAUGAAGCGGAGAGCAUCCUUUUCAUACUUACAUGUAAAUGGAAGUGAACGGUAUUCUCGCCAUAAAUACCUAUACCUCUUCAAGUGAUUUAUGAUAAAGAAAUGAACAUGGCUUCUUUAUAUUUAAAGCUGUCUUUGUUGGUUCUUUGAUAAAAAAUGAAAAUGGAAUCAUUACCUAGGAAGUAAAAAGAUGGUAAGAAGACACCCUGGACCCUCAAAUAAGAAUCAACUCCCUUCCAUCCAGCUUCUCCUUCAUGAAAUAUAGUCAUGAAUGUUCUACUAAAUUCUUCAUUGUGUAAACAAGUCUGGUGAAGGGACACAAGCGUGUGCCCUCCGAUGUUCUUUGAAGAAAUUUGGUUUGAGCCGUGAGACUGGAGUUUACUCAUUAGGGCAAGGUUUUAUGAGCUUAACAAGGGCGAUGAAGGGGGGUCCCAAGGGGUAAUAGGGGGGUAUGACCGCACCCUUCUCCCUCAAACCAUGCUGAUUACCAGCUUCAUGUGAUGGCCAGUUUGGAAGUUCCAAAUUGACGAGUAUUUUCUGAGGCGAUGGUAAUCAUGGCAGGGUUCUGUAGGGUCAGCUUGUGGUCACAAAAUGGUGUCAUUGUCAAAAUAUUCUACACACUGAAAUGAUACAAUUAUGAAGUUUUUUUCCUGUUUUAGUUCUCUAAUUACCUGAUUUUCUCAUUUCCAUUGGACUAUAUUACCUGUGUGGGAAUGGGAUUGAUUAGUCAUGUGACCAAAGUAUGAAAGAGUCCAAUGCAGCAAAAUGGUUAGAUGAUGACGAGAGGCAACUCAAAAAGGAAAGACCAAAAUAGUUCUACCUUCAAAUAUGCAUGUGUAUUAUUUAUUAUGUUAUUGAUCCUUCCCCACAAGAAGGGAAAAGAUAGACAGAUGGAGAAAAAAAAACAUAAAAACUGGUGCUUGCCAAAAUGUACAAAACUGGUAUUUAUACUCGUAAAGUAACGUUUGUAAAUAGGAGACUAAGCGUGACGAUGAUAAGCAAGAAAUGCGAACGAGAGUGCGAGAGAGGACGAGAGCUUUGUAGCAGAUGCUUUUGAUAAAUAAUGAUAGACGAUAGGCUGCAUUUCCUGCCAGCCCAAUGUUGUCCCUGUAUGUACAAAGAAAAAUUUUAUCUUGUAGUUACCAUGGAAACUAAAUAAAUUUGUGAAUUGUAACGAUGAUUAUAUCUGUGUAGUUAUAUGACCAUGUAGAUGGGAUUUAGGUGUUGUCCUUGUACACAGUAAGUCGUUUUUUUUUUUUAGAAAGAAUAUCUGUAUUCAUAGCACUGUGCAGGAGAAAGACACACCAAAAUCACUGUAUAUAUUUAUAUUUAUAUAUAUUCUAUAUAUCGAGUUGGUUUAAUCCUGUUAUUUUGCUUUCGUAACCUGUCGAGAUUUAUAAAUGUCUACCUGUCCAUCGUCAACCUGUAAUAUCUAGAUCUUGUUCGAUUUUAUAAUGUCUUUUUCUAAACAUCAGUUUUCUUGUGUUAAAAAGUAACAUAAGUCCAUUCCGUAUUUGUAUUUUGAUUGAACCUCACAAAUUGAUGCCAAGUGCUGCAUUUUAUGUGUUUUCAUUAAUUUUUAUUGUUAACAUGUGUACCUGCCAAAUAGACACAUACACCACAAGCCAUUCGAAUAACGGCCUGAGUGACUCCUUACUGGCCCCAUUCAUUGUACACUGCUGAUCGAUAUGAUGUAAACCAACUCAAAGUAUUGUUUGAAGAAAA